GCACUUGCAGCUCCCGGCAGAGCCCGGAACCUGCGCGCCUGGGUGUCCGUGUGUCCGUCUGCCCUGCCUUCUGCUGGUGGCACCUCGCCCUUCUGCAGCACCCCCUUCAUCCCCCUCGCCCCCCCCCCCCCCGCGGUGAGCCCCUCCUUGCAGAAGCACAGCUCGCCCCCACAGCCCAGGAGCUCAGCAUGCGUCCGGCAGGCACCGGGAACUUCUUGCUGCUGGCGUGCUCCCUCCUCCUCGCGGUGCUGUCAGCUGUUCCUCAAAACUUCUCGCCAUCUCUGAGGAGCGGGCCCGGUGCCACGUGCAGGCUGUCCCGGGCCGAGUCCGAGCGCCGGUGCAGGGCGCCAGGGCAGCCCCCAGGGGGCGCUGUGUGCCACGGCAGGGGCCGGUGCGACUGCGGGGUCUGCAUCUGCCACGUGAGCGAGCCGGGCGUGUACUUCGGGCCCCUGUGUGAAUGCCACGAAUGGGUGUGCGAGACCUACGACGGGAAGACCUGCGCAGGCCAUGGUAAAUGUGACUGUGGAAAGUGCAAAUGUGACAAAGGAUGGUCUGGGGAUGCUUGCCAGUAUCCAACUAAUUGUGAUCUGACAAAGAAAAAAAGUAACCAACUGUGCAAGAAUUCUCAAGAUGUCAUCUGCUCUAAUGCAGGUACAUGUCACUGUGGCAGAUGUAAAUGUGAUAAUUCAGAUGGAAAUGGACUAGUUUAUGGCAAAUUUUGUGAGUGUGAUGAUAGAGAAUGUAUAGAUGAUGAAACAGAAGAAAUAUGUGGAGGCCAUGGAAAGUGUUACUGUGGAAACUGUUACUGCGAUGCUGGUUGGCAUGGAGAUAAAUGCGAAUUCCAGUGUGAUAUCACCCCCUGGGAGAGCAAGCGAAGAUGCACAUCACCAGAUGGCAAAAUCUGCAGUAACAGAGGAACUUGUGUGUGUGGUGAAUGUUCUUGCCACGAUGUUGACCCAACUGGAGACUGGGGAGAUAUUCAUGGAGACACCUGUGAGUGUGAUGAACGGGAUUGUAGAGCUGUCUACGACAGAUAUUCUGAUGACUUCUGUUCAGGUCAUGGACAAUGUAACUGUGGACGAUGUGACUGCAAAGUAGGCUGGUAUGGGAAGAAGUGUGAGCACCCACGUUCCUGCCCACUGUCGACUGAGGAGAGCAUCAAGAAGUGCCAGGGGAGCUCUGAUCUGCCCUGCUCCGGAAGGGGUAAAUGUGAAUGUGGCAAAUGCACCUGCUACCCGCCGGGGGAUCGCAGGGUUUAUGGGAAGACGUGCGAGUGUGAUGAUCGCCGCUGUGAAGACCUCGACGGCGUGGUCUGUGGAGGCCACGGCACGUGUUCCUGUGGCCGCUGCGUGUGUGAGAGAGGAUGGUUCGGGAGGCUCUGCCAACAUCCCAGGAAGUGCAACAUGACGGAGGAACUGAGCAGGAGUCUGUGUGAGUCAGCAGAUGGCAUACUGUGCUCCGGAAAGGGUUCUUGUCACUGUGGAAAGUGUAUUUGUUCUGCCGAAGAAUGGUACAUUUCAGGGGAAUUCUGUGACUGCGAUGACAGGGACUGCGACAAACACGAUGGUCUCAUUUGCACAGGGAAUGGAAUAUGUAGCUGUGGAAACUGUGAGUGCUGGGACGGAUGGAAUGGAAACGCAUGUGAAAUCUGGCUUGGCACAGAAUACCCUUAACAAUGAGAGAGGACUGGGUUCCUAUUUGUCUAGGCCAUUAGAGAUAUAAAUUCAGAGGAAACCAUGUAUAAUCACCGCGAGGACAGGUCCAACAGACUGUUGUAUGUUUUUCUAUUUCUGAAAGCCUGAAUGAAAUCUGGAUACCCAUUAAGAAAGGAGUUAAGCAAACUCAGAUGUAAAUAACACCAGGAAAGAAUUUUUCUCCUACAAUUUACAUCAGUGGUUCUCAACAAGGGUGACUUUGUCAUCCAGAAAACAUCCGGCAAUGUCUACAGGCGAUUUUGAUUGUCACACUGGGUGGGGCUUGAAGGUGCUUUUCAGGCAUCUGGUGGGUAGAGGCCAGAGAUACUGCUAUACACCCAACAGUGCACAGGACAGCCCCCACGAAGGAUUUUCUGACUUCAAAUGUCAUUAGCUGCAGAGUUGAGAAAAGCUGAAUUACAUGGUGGUUAAAAAUGUACAUCCCUACACAGAAAGGACCAUUUUAGACUCUAAGGAAAACAGCCUUACAUAAAUCCAUUGAUCACAUGUUGCCAGGAUUCCCCAUCACUCAGUGUUUCCGUAUGGAAAUGAAGACAUACACACUUGAAGUACAAUGUUGAAUUGGGGUAGGGAGUGGGAGUGGGGGCCAGAGGCCAGAUUAUCAAUGCUUUUAGUCAUUAAAUCGUUUCUCUAGUCUCACUCUAAACUCACAAAAGAAGUUCUUUUAAGAUGAAGGAAGAAAUUAUGGAAAAAUGUACAAUUUAACAUUUUUAAUAAAUAGUGACAUAAGUUGUUUA